AUGAAAGGACAUUUUCCUCAUAUUCAAGAUUGUAAUCUAAAGAACAUUGAUAACAGUCUGCUGGAAUUGCAUUCACCUACAAGAUAUGAUUAUACCUCAUCUGAUGAAAUAAGCAAUAGCAGUGAUGAUUCCGAUGUUUGCUUACGUAAAAUUUCUAACAUUGUUUUAAAUGAUAGUGAUUGUGAUGAUACAGAUUAUAGUUGCUCAAUGUAG